UUCCCGUGAAAUCAUCCGAGAGAGAAAGAGGGAAAAGAAGGAGAGAGAGAGAGAGACGGAUCCAGUACUUUCUUAAGUUCAUUGGGUGGGAGAUUCGGGAUAACUGACCUCUCGCCCUCCUCCUGGUUUCAUUUGUACGCCAAGUCCCGGCUGGAGAGAGACAGCGCCAUGGAGAUUUGGCCUCUGGUGCAGCUGCUGCUCUUGGGGUUGCUGCUGGGGGCGGCUCGGGGACAGAGGGAUGAGCUCAGCUCUGAGGAGGAAAGAAGAGCCCUCAUGCUAAAGCACCUGCAAGAGGUUCUGGAGCUCUCAGAAGCAACCGGAGAAGAAGCUGCGCAGGAGGUCACCCUGACUGAGGUCGGGGACCCAGCUGGCAAGGAGAUCUUAGACGAAAAUGCAGAGGUGGAGGAACCCGUAGAAGAGGCUCCCCGUACCACACAGCUGUCCCCAACCACAGCACCCCCGGCUCCGCAGGAGGAAGAGGAUGACUUCACCUACGUGUUCUCCCGCCUGAACAGCCUGGAUGCGGCCGUCCACCGCCUCAAUGUGCAGUUCCACCUCAUGGAUGUGAAGGUCUCCCAGUUCUCUCAUGGCCUGGCUGAGCUGAAGGGGAGCGUGACGGAGGCUCACGAGUCGCUUGACUCCUUGAAAGAAGUCGCCACGCGCAACCAGAGAGAGCUUGGGCGAAUCGACGGUUGCUUGCGAGGCCGCCGGACCCACAGCAAAUGCUUCCUGAUCUUCAAGAACUUCGAGGUCUACGACGCGGCGCAAAAACUGUGCGAACUCAGGGGAGGGAACCUGGCCAUGCCAGCAGACGCCACCGAGCUGGCCAUCCUGCGCCGCUACCUCUACGAUGCCUUCCAGCCUAACAACUGGCCUGUCUGGGUGGGCAUCAACGACCGGCGCUCGGAAGGGCUGUGGCUCUUCGAGAACGGGCAGCGCGUGUCUGUCUUCGACUGGUACCGCGACUUCCUGGUGACUCAACCCAACGGCGGCGCCCGGGAGAACUGCGUGUCCCUCAGCUCAGACGACGGGAAGUGGUGGGACAAUGACUGCGAGCGGCGGAUGUAUUACGUCUGCGAGUACCGCCUCUAGGGGGGGGGGCAGCUGGCUCAGGUCCAGUCCCCGGUACGCAUGGUUGCCAUUGGUACCCUUCCACUUACAGAGCAAUGGUUAGCAUGUCUAGGCCAGUGUUUCCCAACCAGUGUGCCUCCAGAUGUUUUGGGACUACAACUCCCAUCAUUCCUGACCACUGGUCUUGCUAGCUAGGGAUGAUGGGAGUUGUAGUCCCAAAACAUCUGGAGGCACACUGGUUGGGAAACACUGGUCUAGGCUAUGCGGGGCUACAACCUCUGGAAGGGAGUGCCCCGUCCCAUUUUCACACCCCCAACCUUACUCCAAGGCACGCACCACACUCUCUUAUUGGUGGGCCUGUUAGCCAAAGUAUCCCACGUAUUUUGUAGACCCCUGCCCUCCCCCCAAUAAUAAAGAGCAGCUUGCCCUCUCAGAGAGGAGGAAAUGCAGUGCCUUGCAACCAGGAACUUCCAUGUCCCUACUGCUCCCCCCCCCC